AUGAAGCUGCUGCCCAUGAGCUGCACCCAGCAAAUGGCUAAGGAGCGAAAGGAAGGCGACGAAGAAGAGCCCGACGACGGCAGCUUCGACGAGAGGGCGAGUGCGCUGUCGUACGCCGAGAUCGUUAAGCGGCUUCCCAUCGUGCGGCAGAGCUACGUAGAAGGAAGCCAAGGCGAGGUGGGAGCGGCCGUUGCAGGCUGCCAUCAGUGGCGGCAGCGGGCUGAUGCAUGCUUCCGUCAGCUGCACAAUCCAGCAGAAAAGCAGAAGGUCAAGGGAGGAGAGGCGCAGUGCAUGAAGCUUCAGCUCCAGUUCAUGCUCUGCAUGGGCGAGCGAGUCCUACCGCAGCAGUUCGAUCGACUUAUGGGCUGCAUGAAGAGCAAGGGCGACAUCGGCCAAUGCGAGCAGCCGCUUCUCGAGAUUAUGAACGGGCUCGAGAAGAAGGCGCAGAUCGAGAACAGGCAGCGCGAUGGAGCAUCGACAGCCGAUCCGAAUGACCUGUUGACGAGCGAGGAGCGACAACGCCUCCUCGAGUGCACCCUCACCGGCGCCACUCAGCACGAGAUCGACUGCAUGAUUCCCAAGUCCGGACAAGGAGUGGGAAUUGCCGAUGUGGCGCGAUGCAUCGAACCCGCAAAGCAAGCGCUGCAUUGCUGGGGCGCAUUCAACUAUCGUCGCGCCAGGUACGAGGAGGCCUUAAAUCGCCCGAACCAGAAAGACUAA